AAUCAUUUCAUCAUUGUCGAUCUUCUUGAUUUUAUCCAUCUCUUCUCCAUUCAUAUAGAGCUACCUACGCGAUCUCCUUCAUAUCAGAAGAAUCACAACUAGUCCACCCACUCAGCCAACAUGCUUCCACCAGCAUUAAACAUCCCCAAAUGGCUCGAAUCGCACUCCCACCUCCUCCAACCCCCCGUAAACAACCACUGCAUCUACCACCCGUCCUCCCCAAGCACCCCCGGCUACACAGUAAUGAUAGUCGGCGGCCCGAACGCCCGCACCGACUUCCACAUCAACCCGACCCCCGAAUUCUUCUAUCAAUACCGGGGAUCCAUGCUUCUCAAAACCGUCGACACCAGCACCACCCCGCCGGUCUUCCAGGACGUGCCUAUCCACGAGGGCUCGCUGUUCCUGCUGCCGGCGAACACGCCGCACUGUCCGGUGCGGUUUAAGGACUCCGUCGGGGUGGUUGUUGAGAUGCCGAGGGGGGGCGAGGGGGUGAUGGAUGCUAUGAGGUGGUAUUGUGCGGGGGAGGAGGGGUGUGGUGAGGUUGUGUGGGAGAAGAGGUUUGUGUGUACGGAUUUGGGGACGCAGGUUAAGGAGGUUGUGGAGGAGUUUGGCGCGGAUGAGGGGAAGAGGACGUGUGGGGGGUGUGGGAGGGUGGCGAGGACGAGGUUUGAGGAGGGGGAGGUCGUGCAGCCGCCACGGUCUCCGGAGUAGUAUGUAGGAGUGGCCUGUGCUGUUUGUUGUGUUGUAUUCAUAUCCCUUAUCUUACAGAGAUAGUGAGAAGCUUGUUUUGGAUAAAGAAUGACUCUGUAUCCUUGUCAAUUGUAUUAGGUGCACGUGGCCUAUAUAUAGUGAUUAAAUGCAUCAGGUCC